CCAGCCAUAUAAGCCUCGGAGAAUAGCUAUCUGCUGUGGGGGAACAGAGUCGCGAGCUAAGACGAUGGAUUCCUCCUUAUCUAUUUCUCCGUUCUCCUCUUUGCCGACCAAAAUUUCUCCUGUAAAAAUCCCGAGAAGAUUGAACAAGAGGAGUUUGUCAUGUACAUUUCUCAAGAGAGUGAACGAACAACCAACACGUAUCUGGGCAGUUCCAAAUAAUUCUCAAGGAAAACGAAGUUCAAGCGCUGAGAUUAUGAUGGUGGAUCCUUUGGAAGCCAAACGCUUAGCUGCGAAACAGUUGCAAGAAAUUCAGGCUAAAGAACAGCUAAGAAGGCGACGCCGAAUUGAAGCAAUUAAUGGUGCAUGGGCCAUGAUUGGCUUAACUGCUGGCUUGGUUAUUGAGGGUGAAACUGGGAAAAGUGUUUUAUCUCAGCUGGGUGGAUAUUUGGAUUCCAUCUUCAGCUUCUUCUUCAAUAGAUAGAUAGUUUACAGUUCAUUCUUCUUAUUGCAGUGAAUUUUUUCAUUUUAUUGAAUAUAUUGUUUUUUGUCUACAGAAGCUGAUACAUUAUUUCAUCAAUAUUUACAUGAAAAUACAAAUUUGUGUCUCAAACUUUCUGCUAA